GGAGUGUGCGACAACCACCGAGGCGCACGCUAAGCGGGUUGCGGCCAUCCUCACCACAAUACAGCACACAAUCACCGGGAGUGGUCGUAAGUGAUAUUUCACGGUUUUAGUCACGGUGCGACAGUAUCCCGGAUCUCUGUGUGGGGACAGUAAAGAGGAGCGGCAUUUGGCGCACGACAAGUUGUGCAAACCGUCUAGCCAAGGUCAUCCCUCCGGCAGUCAGUCAGACAGAGCAACCGGAGCGACGAUUCACCAGUGAAGAAGUAGCCAGAGGAAAUACCAGCAAACCAAGGCGAAGUAGUGCAUCAUCUUGAGCUGUACGCUUGAUGCGUUUUCAAAACACCAGUCGCCGAAGAACGGAAGAUCACCCCUCAGCGAGAUCAACGGAAGCAGAGAGAGAGAGAGAGAAGUUCGGUUUGUGAAACCGGCAGCAACCGGCAAACUACGGUCAAGUCCUUUUUUCCCCUGGAAGGAACAUAAGAGACCCGUGGUGACACCCAGACACGAGACACCGAAGCUCGUCUUUUGCAACACCGGCGGUGACGCAACGACGAACACAUCACAAGGACCCGCCGCCACAGCCAAUAUCCGUGCCGCAGAAGGUCUCCUUUCCAUCCAGAGCAUUGGCGUACCUUGCGCCCGGUGAAAGUGAUGUAAUUCGCUCACGCUCACUGCCGAUCGAUUGAACGGAGCAGAGAACGACAACACGGUACGGACUGGAGCUUUCUUCAACCUUCACACAACACCGGUGCAGCAGCCAGGUGAUUCCGUUCGACCGCAGCACGCACCACGCAUGAUUCAUUGCAGAAAGUGAGCUCCGCCUUCGCCUAAUGGACUCUCCCUGCGCACGGUGCCCGUGGUAAAUGUCAAUCAAUCUUCUAAGUUCCUGGUGUGCCCGAGAUGCGUUAGCUAAUCAGACCACGACCACGUUUUGGCACAGGGCAUUUGGCGGGAUAGCGGCGCGUGCUGAUCGGCAUGUAACAAUAGAGCUGGCGCACGUGCGUAUGUGUUUUGUGCAAUUUUCUUUCGUGCAGUGAGUGAAUAACAGUGUUCGGGUGCAUUUUGCGGUGCAGCUGAACUGAAUUGUAUGCUGCCAAAUACCGCUCGAGUUUGUUUGCUGUUGAGAAUCAACGCCCAAUUGGCAAGCUUUAACACUAGAAAACAACCCCUCAUUAGCAAUCAGUAGCACCACAAAGAAAGAAGGAAUAACGUGAGGAUAGUUUAUUUGUUGUGCGUGCAGGUGCAUAUGUUUUCGACGUAAAUUAUUGUGUGUUCCCGUGACGUAGUACUGUGCGUUACCCUCUCGUAAUAUUGUCCCGCCAGUGCGACGACAAAAAUCAGACGAAAUCAUGAGUCUCAACACUUUCAUGCAGAUGACCAACAGCUGGGAGGCAGCUCGCGCUUCGCUAGGCUCCAACAGCACUGGGAGCAGUAAUCCAGCCAACUCCAACCAGCAGCAACAGCAACAGCAACCGAAGCAGCAGAAAUAUUUUUCACCGUCAGCAGUCGUAGCGGCACCAUCCGGUAGCGGUGGUGGAAGCUAUAAUUAUUUCGAUGGUUCCUUCAAUGCCAAUGCCACCAUCGAUCGGGCCAACCGUCGGCUUCGGCGGGCUGGGUACGCCAACCGGAGCUUUAUGUACCAUGGCGAAUAUCCCGGAGCGCAUGAAGAUACUUUGGCGGACGGUUACGGUGAUAUCGUACUGUCCUCGAGCGGCACAGGACGCUUGCCGUACUUUGUCGAACCAACGUACCGCUCGCUGGAGUACGAUCGACGACAACGGCGAAGGCACAGCGUCCAUCAGCUGGCGAAUAACUUAAAUAACCCAUCGAAGCUGGAUGAUCUGCGGCACCGCUUCGAUGAGUAUCACUCCUCCGCCGCCCUACCAAGAGGCGCUUACUACGGGUAUUAUACGCUUGAGCGAAACAAAAAACUACCACGGCCAAUACCGAACGCGCCGCUCCAUGGUGGAGGCGCCGCCUAUGGAAAGCCGUCACUGUUCAAUCAAAGUGCGGUACGGUACAGCGGCAGCCGAUCGCUCGAUCGUUACCUGGUCGAGGAGGAACGAGAGCAACCGAAGGGGCCCAAACGGGGUUCACGUUCAUCGCAGGGCUCCACGGAUAGUAAUAAUAGUACACAUAGUGCAUCAUCCGGGUCGCUACUGCUGACGGUAGCAAACCUUGAGAACUUUGCCAAAAUACACCGUAAAUCAGGAAUUGCCGGCAGCUCGAAGCUGGACGGGAGCCGUACGCUGGAGAAAUAUCUUGCAUCAACUCUGGACCUCGUACCACAACGUGGGACUAUCGGGCGUCGUUCGAGGUACAACAGCAACAUACUGCUACCGCACAACGAUGAGGAGGAAGAGGAACUCGAUGAGAAUGGUGGAAGAAUUCAUCCGGCCGACCAUGCAGCCAUCGAUUAUCGGAAGGACGCCCAUCAACAGCUGCAGCACCAUCAUGGCACUACGAUUGUGCCGAUCGAUGAAAUUUCCAUUGAUGAGGGUGAGGAAAUUAGUGGCCACGGAAGCGAACAACAGCUACAGAUUGCAGGACCGAAUGGUGGGGCCAGCAUGGUGUCACCGUUCCGUGCAUUGAAGGGCAAGGAUCCGGACUCGGUAUCGGUAGCCAGCUCGACGCAUUUUACCAUGGUGAACGGUGUUGGGCCUCCGCAGAGGGUCAUAAAGAGCGGUAUCUGUUCCAGUGGCCAUCAGAUCACGGUGCUGAUCGUAACGAUGAGCUUCAUCUUCAUGAUCGGUAUUUGUGCCGCCGUUUUUCUGCUCGAAAUGCGAGCGAGGGAAAUGCCAAAGUAAGCAGCGUUCUCCUAGUGACAUCGGUGGCAUCAUGGACGACUCCGAAACCAACAUUAAAACGUUCCCGAUUAUACGAUUAGUAAACGAAACUGAUAGAUUAUUAGCGCUGCCCUUGCAACAAAACGUUGCCAUAUGAAAUCGUAUUCUAGCAUAUAAGCCCCUCUUUCGUUUCCUUAUCCAUGGCACCAAGGUUCAAGCAUGGAUGCUCAUCCUUCGACUUGCUCAUUCUUUACUCUUCCAUUUAGUUAGCUUAGUGUUACAGUGGCGUCGCAGAAGAAAGCGUCAAGUUACUUGCAGUAGAAGAUAGAUAUUUUAUGAAAAUUAUGAUCGUUAAAACCGAUCCAGUUAUUCAAUCGUAAAGGAUUUCAUUACCCAACUGUCUCGGCGGAAAUACACGUUGGUGUCAGUGUAGUAUUGGGUUUUCUGGCGAGAACCUUUCGUAUGCUACAUGCCGUUGCCUCAUGAUCUUAGAAUAUAAGAAUGCCAAAUGUGCCUCUCGCGCGUAGAUAAGGAAGAUGGUGUUCUGAUUGAGGGUCCUCCAAUUUGUACUACAUUAUUAAGAACCGAUCCCCAUUCCAACACGAUCCAUUCUUCAAACAUCACUCCACUGUUGUCUCCGCUUCA